GUCUUAUCCGUUCAAUAUUAUGCAGGUUAGACUGUCAAAUCAUUUUAAAAGUUCAAAUUCAUUUAAAAGUGAUACUAUGAAUUUUAAAAGGCAUUCUUUAGGAUUUUCAGGAUUUUUAAAAAGCAAUUUUCCAUAAUUUCCCCAUUUUUUGAAAGAUAUGUGUGAACUGCAUAUACGAUAUUAAUUUUAGGAUUUUUGUCAAGUUAGAUUGCUUUUCUUCAAUUAUGGACAGAUAAUAUUAACUUUAAAUAUUGAAACCAACUAUUCAGAGAGCAUACUAAAAGAUAGCUCAUUUUACAUUCUAAAAUAGGAAUAAACAAUCUAUUGGAAAAAAUGGAAUAAGGAACAUAAUUCAAAACAGCCUGGAUUGUGCCAUGUAACAGCUUAGGCUAGGAUUUUACGUUUUUGGUUGGGCUAUGGGUUUUUAAAAAUAUUUGAAGCAUCUUGUAGGAUUUACAUUACCGUUUCCCUUUAAUUUCCACCUUGGAAUAGUAGGAAAUCACUAUCGAUUUUUGGCAGGUAUAAUUAGCUUCAAGUAUCACAAAAAGAAAUUUCAGAAGCCACAGGUUGAAGAUUUAAGAAAUAAAUUUUGCUUAUUCCACUAAUUUAAGGGCAUUCCAUUCAUUACACAUGAUCUCCAUAUAGAAACCUCUGAAAAAUACUUCCACAGAUGUUCUAAAUUACAAAAGUUUGUGCACCUAUCCCCAAAAGAUGGAAUGACUUCUCCUAAGAGUAAUUUGCUGCUAGGACUAGUUCUGACCUGAACCUAUCAGAUUUGGGUAAGUCAAUAUUCUGUAUUGUAUAAACAAUUGGAAUAGACCCGCUUGGAUAGACAGGCUUGCAUUGGAACCUAUUUUUUUAUUAGGGAAAGAAGCACUUGAAUACAGGGUAACUAUAUCAAUCCAAAAUAACAACUAUAAAAAUAUUGUUAAUAUAGGGAAUCGUACAUUAUCCAUGGGAUCAUAAUGCAAUUCUUGCAAUGUACAACAAUAUACAUGACAGGUAAGGAAAUGCUUCAUGACACCAUGCUUCACUAUGAUAAGCUGGUCUUAACCUGUUCUGCUUGAGCCUUAAUGUGGUUAGUUUGAUUGUGAUUUAGUAUACCAUAAGAAUGAGGCCAACGGUAUAGACUGAGGGCAUGAACUCAAAAAACUUUAAAAGGCAUUUGACAGAAUGAUCAAUCUAUCAGAAAAUACCUUUUAUUAGCCAUGAACUUCAAAUGAGUGUCCAGUCUACUUACUUGCAAAAGGGCAACUUAAGGAAGGUCCCGAUUUGAGUUUCUUCAUUAUCUGGUUAACCACUAUGGCGUUCUUCUGAGUGCAACACCAAAUCUAGUUUCAGUAAAAUCUUACCAGGUUGUGGCUAUGUUAUUUUCCAACACCAACAGAAGAGAAAGAUCAACGUCUUCAGGCAGGGCAGGGAUGUGGGUUUUAAUAACUCCAGGCAGCCGUCGCUGCCGCCGCCGCCAGCGAUCCAAAUUGUGACGACGCCUGAGCGGGAAAGGGGAGGGCAAGCAAGCCGGGAGCAAGGAGCAGGCGGCUCGCCAGAAAUUCUCCGCCUCUCGCAGGAAGGCUCUCCCAGUGAAGCUGGAGAUGCGAAAAAGACGCGGUCGGCAGCCUCCCGAGCAGCCGACGCCUGAGCCCGAGGCCCAGUCGCAGCUCCAGCCGCCCUCGCCAUGGCGGCGCCUGGGCAUCGCAAGAUGAACACUACUGUGGAGCUGCCGCCGCUGCAUCCCAAUGUCCCGUGGUCGCCGCGACGGGACUCGACGGACGAGGGGCCCGCUUCCACCAGUUCCUCACGCGUCCGCAGCACCACCAGCAGCACCACCCGAGGCUCGACGGAAGGAGAGUCGGGCAUCUCGCAGUUCUCGGUGUCGACCAUCCUCGGCCUGCGCGACAUCAGCUCCUCCGUCCAUGCCGCCGUCCCCCCCACGGACAACCUCAAAGGGGAGAAGGCUCGCUCCCUCCUCAAGAUGUUGAUGAAAAAUCAGAAGAUAAAUGAAGAUUCAGCAAUUCACAUGUCUACUGACAUCCAUAAUUUAAUUCCUUGUGGUGAUGUGGCAGGUUUGCUGGCAAUUAAUGUGAAACAGUGCAAAGAUUUCACCGCCAAAUUCAAUGUUAAACGUGACACGUAUUUAUUGAUUCGUAUUAGUAUUGAUAAAAUCAUGAAAUGCACAAACCCCCAAAUGUACAGAGCACACCUCAGAACCAGGAAGAUGAAUACAAUCUAUUUCGGAGAUGUGAGAUAUUUUUCUGUAAAGGUUCCAAAGCAGAAAAGUGAUCCUAGGAAUAGGAUUGUUUUAGAGUUGGUGGGCUUUGAAGGUCCAAAAGACUUUCCAAGGCUGUUUGGGAAUGUAACUAUGCACCUAUAUGAAGUUAUUCAGAAGCAGUCCUUCACUGAAACAUGCCCUAUGAGGAUUAGAAACAUGAUUUUCUGCACAGCAGAGGUGCAAUUUAUGUUCUGUUAUGGAUGUCUUGGAUAUGGAUAUUCACAUCAGUUGAAACUGCCAGGAGCAGAUCCUGCCCAGGCUGUGGCAUAUUCCAUGUUUCUACGGGUUCCACCACCAGAAGAUAGAAAAGAUUAUUCAAGCAAUGUCAUCAAACCACGGCACAUGGAUUACCCUGCUUUCUUAUCUCCAGAUCUAAAGGUCACAGUUGGAAGCCCUGAAGUGGAAAUUCCUAAAGAAAGUGCAGAACACUACAAAACUCUUCAGAAAGCUUUGAAACAGCCAGCCCGAGAAAGAUUGGAAAAAAUGAAAAAAGAAUAUCGAACCUUAAAAACAUGGCGUGAAAAGGCUGAGUAUUUGGACCAGCUGAUUUUAAAAAGAGGACCAAGAUCAAGACCUCUAACAAAGCUGUCUCGCUUCAAAGAAAUUGUUGGGAAGAUUCACACCCCCAUUUCUCAAGAAUCAGGAUCUUACCCUUCUCCAGAACGAGAAGUUAAGGAAGAAAAACAAGUAUCUGAUUUUCAGAAAUUUCCAGGUAUUCCACCUGACUUAUCUAAUAUGCACUUAGAAAUUCCUGCACCUGUACCAUCCCGUGUGGGAAGUGACUCAGAAGAAUCGGAGAAAAGUGAAAUUUGUACACCUGCUGAACCAAUUGAACUUCCAGCACUGACUGCAGUAUCUAGCAGGCCCCAUUCAUCAGGAUCUUCAUCUGACAGAGAGACUCUGGAACAGAAGAUUACAAGAGGACAAAUUUCUCGUGUGUCCGAAACAUCUCUAUCUAGUUCUGGAGGAAUCGUAGCCGGGUUUUCAGAGAGCGGUGAUUCUGAACCCCCUCCUUUUCCUGGUCCUAGAAGCAAAAUACUGCUUAAAGAAAGAUCUGUAGCAGAAGCACCUGCCUUAGACUAUUUACCAGAACCAAUAGAGUUGCCUUCUAAGACUUCAAAGGAAUCAUUUUCUGUUUCUGAAAUUCCUGUGAGAAUCUCAGAUUCAGUUGUUGAACCAGAACAGCAAUGGCCAUGGAAAGAGGUUACGUUCCAAGAUGAAUUUUUUAGUAGAAGCAAGUUUGAACCCUUCUUGAGACGUGUUUGUAAAGUACAGCCACCUAAGCUUACUAAAGGCACAGUAGACUAUUCCAUUCUUUUAGAAAAAACAUACACACCUCUUGAUUUCAAAGAACAAGAAGACCAGGAUCCACCUCCAGGUCUGCCUUUGACAAAAUUAGAUAAUGGCUUAGAUCCCAAAUUAAUCAGAAGUAGUGAUCAACUGUCAAUAUUAAGACUCCUUGAAAAAAAAAUUGAUUUGGAAGAGGAAGACAAAAAAACUACAGUGGAAGCUGAAAAAGCAAUAAAGCCAUCAACUAUAACAUCUGAAUUAAAGCCACAAGGAGAUAAACUAACAGAAGCAGAAAUAAAACAGGUUAAUGUUUACUUCAAAAACUCUCUCGAAACUUUUCUUGUUGAUAAAGUUGUAAAAGUGGUAGCACUUAAAUCACUUUUGAGCAAAAACAUUGAAAACCUAGUUGCAGAGAGACUUUCAGGACCAGAGUUAUCCCAAGAAUUAGAAGACAGCAGCCCAUUAGAUGACAGAGAAAAACAUUCUUUGAAGGAAAUAACAACUAGUACUACAGAUGCAUUUUCAGAACCAGACAUUAGUGAACUGAAAGAUGUUGUAAGUCAACAUUUGCAGGCUCAACUUAUAGGAAAAUUGUCUGAAAAAGGGAUAAUCCCAGAUAUGGUGAUAGCAGAGAACCAGGUUUCUCUCCAGAAUGCUAGUGAUUUACUCAAGAAAGCUUUAUCGAAAGAAGUAACUUCACAAACUGAAAUAAUAACCAUAAAACCAUUAAGUGAGAGUGAUAUAAGAGAACUUUCCAAAUCUGAAGCCUUCGAUAAUAAAGAAAGUCACAAAAGCAAGCCAAUAUUUACGGAGGCAGAUUUAUAUGAAGGCAGAAAAGGCGAUCACGAUGAGUCUAUUUUAUUACCUCUUAAAAGCCAAACUAGUCCAGUGAAAGAACUAAAAUUGGAUUUAACAAAUGUAGCCUCAAAAACAUCAUUAGAAAUCAUUAAAGUAAAGUUACCAUUCAGCACCGAAACAGCUAAUAUAAAAAAACAUGUUUCCCCCCAUGAUACCCUCCUUCAAAAGAUUUUAAAAGCAGAAAUAAAAAGUUUAAAAUCAUUUUUAAGCAAAAGUAUUCAGGACCACCUUAAGGAUAAACUUUCAGAAACUGGAUUAAGUGAAGAAGAACUGGAAACUGUGUGUCAGAAGUUGUCCUUGAACUUGAAGGAGAAAUCUAAUGAGAGAUUUGAUGACAGUGUGUUAAGCAAAAGUAUUCAAAAUCUUUUUGAGGCCCUUUCAGACAAUGAAAUUGCCAAUUUAAAGUCUGCAUUGAACAGGAAAAUCCAAGACCAUCUCUCAGAGAGAAUUUCAGAAAUUGGAUUGAUCACACAGGAAGAGUUAAAAAAAAUACUCGAAACGGUGUUUCCAGUUGUAGCCAAAGAAACAGCACUCAGGGCAGAGAAAGGACCAGACUUAGCUAAAGAAGGGCAAAGUGUACAGCAAAUAUCCCAUGUAACUCAUAGUCUACAAGAUAGGUUCUCUGAAGAAGAACUGCAAAAUCUAAAGUCUCUCUGUAGCAGACUCUUGAAAGAAGGUCACAGAGAGCAACUUUCGGAAUUAGAAGUAAAAGGUUUAGCAUCUGUUUUGCAAAAAAGCUUCGAAAAGCUUCCUGUACCAACCAGUUCCAAAACUGGGAUUAGCAAAGAAAUUGAUAAGGAUAUGGAUCAUGAUGCAUCUAUAUCAAGUAUUGAAAGCAUUUCAAAAGUUAGCGACGAUGUAGGUUUACCUGACAAAGCAAAACAUCCUUCACAUGAAAACCUUCCUCAUGCAUCAACUGCAAGUGAAAAAUGUAAAAAGGAAAAUCUAGGUGGUCUUAUGAACAGUAUUUUCGAAGUACAAACAAAGAACCAAGAGACCCAGACAUCUGGUUGCAAAAAAGUGAAACACACUUGUAAAAAAGAACGUUACAGAUUGCCAGGUUACCCUGAUAAUCUAGAGGUAUCAGAUUUGAAGAGAAGGUCCUACGAAGAAAUAUCACAAAAUAAGCCCCAGAAAGAACCACUGAGGAAAACAUCUGAACCAUUUGCCUUUUCCUCUUUUUUGAGUGCACAUGACAUUGGAGCCCAAACUGAAAUUAAAAAUUAUCUUUCCAAAUCUCCUAAUUAUCCUUCCAAGCCUCCCUUUCCAGUGAACCCUCAGACUUUUCUCUUUUUACACCCAGAGUCUGAGGAAGAAGCAAAGCCAACUUGCAAGUAUCAUCACAAAACCAAAACCAAGAAGUCUGACAGAAAGAAGGACACUGCAUUGCACCAGCAAGGAGGGACGAAUCCUUCAGCCAAGAAGGAAAAAGCACAUAGCCGAGCCUCUAAGGAUGUUUUAAAAGAAAAACAUGGAAAAAAACAUGGCGAGUUGCCUUCUAAAAAAUCGAGCACGACAGAAAACAAAAAGGAUUCAAAAACACUAUUAUCUAUGAGUGGUGUAAAAAGGGAAAGCAUGAAACAGAAGCCUGAGAAGAAACGUGAUAAUGAAAUCAAACAAAAAAAAUCAUUUAGCAAGACUGCUACCUUAUCUGAUUCACAACUAUCAAAAAAUGUUCAAGAAAAACCUUCUACAAUUAAAUUUCCUACUACUGGACAUACAAAAGCCAAUUCAUUGAAUUCCAUUGCCAUUGAAGAUUUAGAUUUGGAAGCUUAUAAACAUCUUGAAAAAGCAAUUGAAAGAGCACUUGUUGAUUUACAAGGCGUUGACGAAGGGAGCUGCAGCCAAGCAAGAUCAAAUUCGGCUCCAAAUGUUGCUGGUCUCAUGUCUAAAGAUGCACUUCGACCGUUUCCUUCUGCACCGGAAACUCCAAGAAAUCAAGCAGGCAUGAUAUUUGACAUGCUCAACAACCAGGAUCAAAUCUUAAAAAUGACACCUGAGCAGUUGGAAGUUGUUCUUAAGAUUCUCCACAAAAUAUUGAGGCAGAACUCCAGACCCCCAAAUAAUGGAUGAAUCUUAACCUUCUGAUCCUCAACCAGCCUA